AUGGACUCAAAAUCACCGGAUAGCUUCACAUUCACUGUCGGAAAGCUCGAUGCUGGAAUGGCUAUCUUGCUGGGAGAGAGGGCUCAUCUCAUAGAAUUUCCUUCGAUUCUUCUUCCACCUGGGGCAACGACUGGUUCAAUCGUAAACAUUGCUGUCCAUCAGAACCACGCGGAAGAGCAGAAACGGGAGUCGGAAUUUUGGUCGUUGCAGGACGAUAUCUUGAAGGAAUACGGGCAGGACUCACCGGAACCACCGAAGCUCUCAGUUCGGAAUAUUACACAAACCUCCGUUACUCUUGAAUGGCCACCUAUCAAACUCGCAACGGCAAAGCUUCGGUCUCUCGACAUCUACAGGAAUGGCCAGCGUCUAUCCUCCGUUCCAUCACCCUUGACCAACACGACGACAAAACACUCAGGCAUGGAUAUCAACACCGAAUACUCAUUCCAGCUCAUCCUACGCACCACGGCGGGCACGUACCCAUCCAACGUUUUACGCGUCCGAACACACACCAUGUCCGACACUUCUGGUAUCUCCGUCUGCUUCGGCAACGUUCAGGACCCUGUGUUGCUAGAAAACGCGAAACUCGCUCUGAGGGAGAUGGGUGCGAAAUGGAGUGACAAGAUCCAGAUUGACACGUCUCACUUUGUGUGUACAACGCCAGCGGCGACUCCCUCUGGAGCAAGUCCGGCAGGGAAUAUGAGUGGAGCACCAGGUGCUGCGUACCAGAGGGCGUUGCAGCUGAGCAUACCCGUCGUGCAACCUUACUGGAUAUUGGCUUGUCAUGCUGAGAAGAGAAUGGUUCCUAUUGCCGCAUAUUACCUAGGCGCGAACACCCCGUCAACGGCCACAUUCAGUGCCCGUCCUCAAUCCAUGUCCCAAGCCUCUUUGCCCUACUCUCCGGCCAGCCCUCCCCCAAACCAGAGCGGUAAAGGCACGCCCUCAUCCUAUCGCGCAUCCAUGCCACCUCCAUCUCGCGUCCCAGCCACCCCUCCCGCCUCGACCUUCGUCAACCAGCCGGAGCCGAGCAAAAUGCACCCGCCGUUCGGCCCAACACUCGAGGAGAGGGAGGACGACCCGGACACACAGAGCGUGCAGCUCGAACGAGGCACAACGCCGACGCCCGUAAAGGAGAAGCGGAAGAGCAAGCCUGGGUCAAUGAAUAAGGACUUCAGGUUCCCGCCUGCGUCGCCGACUAUCCCAUCUGCUGCUGCACCUGCCUCAGCGACAGCGUCACAAGAAGAGGCCGCGAAGCAGGCAGGUCCGGCGUCUGAUCCCGAGCAGAAGAAAAGCGAGGAAACGAAGCCUCAGGGGCAGGCACCUGCUGUCGUCACCCCGACGAGCAUAGAGGUUCCAGCACCUCCGGUCGUGGAAAAGGAGAAGAAUUUGAGUCGCGUUUCACUAGACGAAUCUGGGGAUGAUGAUGUUGGGGAUACGGUUGAUAUUCCGCUCAACUAG